AUGUCACAGCAAAGAUGCUCAUUCGCCUUGGACGAUCUUUGGGGUCCAACAGUGCACCCUUGCCGUCGUGCAUUUGACUUUACACUGCUUUUCGAACAGUCAGUGCUGUCCAUUCUGCCAUCCUCGCUUUUCCUGCUCUUCGCCGUAGGGAGAGGCUACCAACUAUGCCAAAGACAUUACCUAGUCAGCGGGUGGGCCCUGCUAGGAUCCAAACUGACAGCAUCCACAAUUUCUGCCUGCCUUCAACUGGCCCUGUUGGUGAUCUAUUGUCUGGUCCCCGCGGACCGCACCAGAGUAUCAAUUGCAGCCACUGCAUUGAACCUGGUUGCGGCAAUUGGACUGGCACUGCUUUCCUACGCCGAACAUAGGAAGACCACGCGACCAUCAUCUCUCAUAAAUGGUUAUUUGCUGUUAACUCUCCUGCUUGAUGGCGUGCAGGUACGGUCGCUUUGGCUUGCCAAUGUAAGAACCAGCAUUGCAAGUAUUUUCACCGCGACCUUCGUCAUGAGGGGAGUACAGACCGUCGUGGAAUCGGUUCCCAAGACCCGAUGGUUGAUGCAGAAGCACAAUGCUCCCAAGAGUCCGGAAGAUUUUGCAGGCAUCGUUUCCAAAACCUUCUUUCUUUGGAUCAACAACCUCAUCCGGCUGGGCUAUAUUCGUGAGCUUGCAUUCGAAGAUCUCUAUCCCAUGCCGGCCGGGUUCAGUACAGUGAACCUAGAGAAGGACCUGUGGGAUGUCUGGGAACGAGCUGUCAAGACCGGGAAGAAUGCCCUCCUGGUGUCCACGAUUCAAGCUUUGAAGAUGCGACUUCUGAGCCCAAUCCUGCCGAGGCUCUGUCUCAUUGCAUUGACCCUUACACAGCCUCUUCUCUUGGUCCAAAUGGUCAACUACAUCCAUGCACCCAGCACACCACCCGAGCGGAAUAUCGGCUACGGACUACUUGGCGCCUACGCAAUCGUCUAUGUCGGAAUUGCGAUGACCACGGCGUGGUAUUGGCAUCAGACCUAUCAGUUCAUUACCUGCGUGCGAGGCGCUUUAGUUGCGGUUGUUUACCGCAAGACCCUCAGCCUCGACGUAUCAUCCACCACUAGGUCCUCCGCCUUGACGAUCAUGAAUGCUGAUGUCGAGCGAAUUGUCGGUGGUCUGAGAAUGAUCCACGAGAUAUGGGCGAAUUUUAUCCAAGUUGCGUUCGGAGCCUGGUUGCUGGAACGGCAAGUUGGUGUCGCUGUUGUGCCUUCACUUGUAAUCGCAGCUGUAUGUGCUUUGCUAACCAUGAGGUUUGGAGCCUCUGCGGGUCGUCAGCAAGAAGCCUGGAUGGGGGUGGUUGAAAAACGAGUCGGAAUAACCUCCAGCACCCUUUCUGCGAUGAAAAGCCUGAGAAUGUCUGGCUUAAUGCGCAAAGUGAUGGGGAUACUCCAACAGGCGCGGGAAAACGAGCUUAAAGUUGCUGCUGGGUUCAGGUGGUGGGAAAUUGGCGCAAUGAUGAUGGGAUUCCUUCCGGUCAUCAUAUCCCCGGUGCUGACCUUUGCAGUCUUUAUUGCCGCAGACCAUGCACGCCAUGUCACCCUGGAUGCUGGUCGAAUGUUCUCCUCCCUAUCACUAUUGAUGCUGAUCUCACAGCCCUUGAGCAUGCUCUUUCAAUCUGCCCCGGAAUUGGCCUCGAUGGUGGCUUGUUUUCAACGGAUCCAGCAGUUUCUGCUCACUGACCCGAGGUCUGACCAACGCAAGAUUGUUGCAUCCACCCUCAACAAACUCAAGCCGGCGAAUGUUGAAGUUGAAGAAAAAUCAUCGGCUACAACUGCUGCUGCCAUUACUAUCAGGAGCGCGAGUUUCAUCUGGCCGGGAGGAGUAACCCCGGUGCUGUGCAACAUUAGCCUGUCAAUUCCCAGGCAGAAGCUCACCAUGAUCUUUGGGCCUGUUGGCUGCGGGAAAACCAGUUUGCUGCAUGCGCUCCUUGGUGAAAUCCCUGCCUCGGAGGGUGAGAUAAUUGUCUCCACUGGCACCACAGCAUAUUGUGCUCAAACACCUUGGGUUCGGGACGGAACCCUAAGAAACAACAUUGUGGCAUUCUCCGACUACGAUGAACGUUGGUACAAAACCGUCCUUCACGCCUGUGCCCUUGAUGAGGACCUUCUCCACUUCCAAGAUGGAAAUGAUACGCAGUUGGGUGACAAUGGGGCAAAUCUGAGUGGGGGUCAGAAGCAGCGCGUGUCACUCGCUCGAGCGAUCUAUGCAAGACGCAGUGUCUAUAUUCUUGAUGAUAUCCUCGGUGGGCUUGAUGCUACUACAGAAGCCAAAGUUCUCCAACGUUUGCUGGGGCCUAGUGGGCUUUUACGGAAUAAUGGCAGUACAACAGUGUUGGCAACCCAUGCAGAGCACCACGCUUCUUACGCUGAUCACAUUAUUCGUCUCAGUGCGAAUGGUGAAGUGGUGGAACAGGAGUCGCUGUCCGAGUUGCAACGGCGCCCGAGCCCGCCAACGAGUGAUACAUCCCACGCGCCUACCCCUAUCCCCGAAAUUGAAAUGGAUGCCAAACUGCCCAGCACACAAGCUAACUCCUCAACUGUGGAAAAGCCACAGGUUGCAGUCUCUGAGAUUGGCUCAAGUUCGGCAGCAACGGAGUCAGCUAACAGGGUGAAUGUGAUGGUCUAUUACAUGCUGUCGAUCGGAAAGCUCUUUUCUCUGGCUUAUGUACUAAUUGCCAUUGCGUACGCUUUUCUCUUCUGCUUCCCAUAUGUCUGGGCAGAAUGGUGGAGUGAAGCAAAUGAGAGACAUCCCGGAUAUCAUCAAGCUAUGUAUAUGGGCAUCUAUGCACUUUUUCAGUGCUCCUGCCUUAUAACUCUCGCUGUUCUGGGAUGGCAUGCUGUGAUCAACGUUGUAUCGUCCGCAGGGCGAUCCCUCCACUGGACCCUUGUGCAAACGACUUUUCGGGCGCCCAUGUCUUUCUUUCAAGCAACCAAGCUUGGUUCAAUUAUUUCCAGAUUCAGUCAGGAUAUACAGUUUGUUGACACGGAGCUACCCAUGGCGCUUUUAAACAUUUUCUGCAGUGGCCUUAUUAUGCUGGGCCAGAUACUCCUGAUCAUGACUUCAUCGUAUUGGGUGGCGAUUUCGUAUCCGGUGAUAUUCUUAGUGAUGUUUGUGCUGCAGAAGGUCUAUCUGAGAACCUCGCGGCAGCUACGGAAGAUGGACCUGGAGAACAAGGGCCCCCUCUACUCGCAGUUCAUGGAGUCUCUCGAUGGACUGGCUACAGUCCGCGCCUUUGGAUGGCAAGAAGGACUGAUUCGGCAAAACCACAAGCACUUGACUCGAUCGCAGACCCCGUUCUAUCUUCUAUUCUGUGUCCAACGCUGGCUGGCCCUGGUCAUGGACUGCCUGGCUGCCGGAUUUGUGCUUCUUCUGAUCGGGCUGCUCAUUGGACUCAAAGAUCGGAUCAGCCCUGGUUUCGCAGGCGUAGCCCUCUCAAACGUUAUCAGCUUGAGCGGCAUCUUGACUGACAUCAUCAUGGUCUGGACCGAGUUUGAAACAUCCCUGACCUCGAUCGGGCGUGUUCGAGACUAUGCCAGCGAGACCCCGGCGGAGGAGCUCUCCACAGAGACCACGACACCUCCCGAGAACUGGCCGGACCGAGGGCAUAUCGAGUUCCAGAAUCUCACUGCCACGUACCAGACUGGGACUGUCCCGGCUCUGCGUAAGAUGUCUUUGAGAAUCGAGCCCGGGGAGAAGGUCGGAGUGUGCGGUCGAACUGGCAGCGGCAAAUCCUCCUUGAUGAUGGCAUUAUUCAAAAUGAUCGAGGUGACUGAAGGAAGUAUCAUCAUUGACGGCAUCGCCACCUCGACACUGCCGGCCAAUAUCGUCCGCACCGCCAUGAAUGCCAUUCCCCAGGAGCCCUGCUUCUUGCCCGGCUCUGUCCGUGAUAAUAUGGACCCUCACAGCGUCUCCGAUGAUGUCAGCGUUAAUCAAGCACUGGCUGCCGUUCACCUGGAGAAAAUAAUCGAACAGCAGGGCGGUCUCGACACCGACAUGUCUCAGGUCCAUCUCUCGCAUGGACAGAAGCAACUGUUCUGCCUGGGCCGCGCGAUACUGAAGCGGUGCAGGGUUGUGGUGCUGGACGAAGCCACUAGCGACAUCGAUGUCGCCACAGAACGACUUAUCCAGAAGGUCAUUCGAGAGCGUUUUAAGGACUGCACGGUAAUCACGAUUGCGCAUCGGCUCGAUACCAUCCUGGAUAGCGAUCGUGUGGUACUGCUCGAUCACGGCGAGGUGGUCGAGUUCGAUUCGCCGGCAACUUUGCUGGGAAGAAAGUCGCGUUUUCGGGUGUUCUACGAGGCUGGGAAUUGCGAGUAG